AUGGCCAGUGCUGCUGUUGUUGUCAUUGCUGUUGCUGUUACCAUUGUUGUUGUUGCUAGUGUUAUUGCAGUUAUUACAAUUGUUGCUGUCAUUACUGCUGUUCUUGUUGUCAUUGCUGCUGUUGUUGUUGUUAUUGUUGUUGCUGUUGUUGUCAUUACUGCUGUUGUCAUCAUUACUGCUGUUGUUGUUGUUUUGGUGAUUGUUGUUGUUGCUGCUGCUCAUAUGCUCAGACACAUUUUGUUACUGAUGUUAUCAUCGGAAAUGUUUAUAUCAUUGUUCAGAAAUGACAUAAUACUAACUUACUGCACUAAAAUAUGUAGGCUGCAUACCUUCAGAGAGCUGGUCUCAACGUCCUGGUACUUGAACGUAGACACGUCAUUGGUGGAGCUGCAGUUACAGAAGAAAUUAUCCCAGGUGCUUUCAGCAGUCACCACAGACUGCAACUUAUCAAGAUCUUGUCUCAAUGUUAAUGCUCAUUGAAGUAUAUCAGUGUAUAACUUCUAGAACAUAUAUCUUUUUCUAGGAUUUAAAUUUUCUAGAUGUUCCUAUGUACUUAGCUUAUUAAGACCUCAAAUAAUGAAAGACUUGAAGCUUAAGGUACUCAGUGCUUAUUACUCAUCCCUUUUAGACUACUUAUUGGUUCAGAAAGGUAUAUAUAAAUAGUUAUUCAUUGAAUAGUAACUCCUCUUCGUUUAAGGAUUUUGGGCUGAAACUGCAUUUUCGGGAUCCAAAUUACUUUACACCAUUGGCGGAUGGCCGUUUUCUCUUGCUGGGAUCAGACGAGGAGAAAAAUUACAAAGAGAUUUCAAAAUUUUCUAAGCCAGAUGCGAAGGCAAGGAUAGAUCCCCCAAUUAUCCCUGACUGGGAUUUGCGUAGGGUUGUAGGCUGCAUGUUUUUGUAUGUCAGAAAUUACGUUGCAAGUUACAGCAAAAAAUACCUCGUGUAAUAAGCCCUUACUAUACCUUUCUUAUUUAUGAAUGCGAUAUCUUUGUAUCAUUUAGAUGUUGCCAAAAUAUGAAGCUACGCUUAGUAGAUUAGGUAUAACGGUAUAACCUAUAUUACUUUUGGCGCUUUUUAAGAAACGAAACACAUUGAGAUCUGAAUUGAACUUAGGAAUGAAAAUUGUGGUUGCGUCCUGUGCUUCUGGUUAAUUCUACCAAACACUGCAUGCAGAUUCUCUCCGCGAGUACUCUUCCUCUUAUUAGUAACACUGGGUCAAUAAGUAGUUGUCCUUACUGGACCUCUGGGGAGAAUAGGUUGUAAUGGAUAGGGUUAUCCACUAGUCUAAAAUAAAUUGUCUCGUUUACAACCACACAUGGAUCUCUGUUGAGAUAAAAACUUUGACAUUGCGAUGUUUGUACAACGGCACGAGUGUCAAUAUCAUUUUAUCUUUAAACACAGUGGAAGCGAUCGGACCAUUUCUUGACAACCCUCCUGUGGACAUCAACGCCCUUCUUCAUGGUUCUUUGCGAGAGAGAAUGGACACCUUACCUUCGUUUAGAGCUUUGAUAAAAACAGGCAAGCACGCAUUAUUCUCACGCUUUUGAUUGAAGUAUAAAUAAUCCUUUCUUAUCUUGUGCUUUUUAAACAAGUAGAAAUUAUUCUUCUAAUUUGCGUUUUAAAUACUGACAUGUAGUACGAAAGCUUGGCGCAGAUCUCCCGUUGUUCUACGACCUUCUCACUGCUCCAGCAACAAAGAUAAGUAUUUUACGAGAAGAAGCAAGUAGCAUUUUCGUGAAUGAGUUAUAAAAAAAGAUUAUUAGGCCGCGAAGAUUGGGACGUGUCACUCCCAACUGCGUCUAACAUUUUUUAAACAGUCACUAGAUAAACAUCUGAUCGUUCCGUUCAAGGGAUACAAAAGUCCAGUACAUCAUUCAAUUGUACACUAUUGACACGUAUUGUAAUAAAUUGAUGUUGUUGGCUGUUGUUUUGUUGUUGCUGCUGCUGUUGCUGUUGCUGUUGUUGUUGUUGUUGUUGUUGUUGUUGUUGUUGUUGUUGUUGUUGUUGUUGUUGUUGUUGUUGUUGACAAUGACAAGUGCAUCAUUUAUCGAAACGAAGGGUUUUGUUGAUUAUUUUAAUUGGUCUUGUUGGUUGUUUGAUUAUUUUGUAUUCUCGUGCACGUUCUAGACAAAUGGUUUGAAUCAGAGCCGUUGAAGGCUUGCUUGGCAAUGGAUUCUAUCAUUGGAGCAACUGUCAGCCCUUCCACUCCUGGUAGUGCGUAAGUAAUACACGUUUUGCUUACAACUUCGGGCAAACAAGAACGCAUUAUUUUGCUAAUACAUUUUAUUUAUAAGUAAAUUUUAUUUCAGCAAUGUAAUAAAAUUUUUAAAACACUUCCACAGUAAUGUUUCCUGUUCACCAGGACUUAACUUUUUGCACGUGCACACCGUUCUAAUUAUUCCAUACAAAGUGAGUACACGAUAGCUCAACACACAGAAAAAUGAACUGGGGCUGAAUGUGCACGCGUGGUUGUACCUAUUUUUAUAUUUUCAGAUAUGUUCUUCUGCAUCAUGUCAUGGGGGAACUUGAGGGACGUAAGAGUGCAUGGGCAUACGUUGAGGGUGGUAUGGGGAAAUUAUCUCAAGCAAUUGCUGACUCGGCCACUUCAAUGGGAACCACAGUAUUGACAAAUAAGGUAUUACACUCAUAAAUCAUAGAUCACAAAUUCAUAUCGAUCAUCAACCUCGUUCCCAGGUUCUCCUCUCCUUUCCACUAGAAACUAGAAAGCCCUGGGAACGAGGUCGAUCGAUCACUUGAGCGCACAGGAUUUAUCGAGACUCAUCAUCGUCCCGUCAAGCAUGAUCAGGAGAUAACUUUAGUAUUUAGUAACAUCAGCAUAACCAUCGAUUCAUUCCUUGACUACUAUGAAUUUCUAUAAUCGAUUUUGCUUGAUUUCUAGCCAGUGAAGUCGUUUCUCUUGCAAGGAGAGUCAAAAACGGCAGUUUCUGGUGUAGUGUUGGAAGACGGCACAGAGAUCAAGGCAAACAUUGUGUUGUCCAAUGCAACACCAAAAAUAACUUUCCUGGAUCUAUUACCUGAGGUUAAUCGUUUGUUUUGUUUUGUUUUCUUUUCUUCCAAACCCCUCAAUUUAAAUGAUGUUAACAAUUUUGCUCUGUAUUCAGGCCAGUUAUUAUCUCUCCACCCCUGAGAUAAUUUUGAAAUACUAGGUACCCCACCCCGCCCCCACCCUCCUCUGUAAGGCUAAUGAAAGAACGCAACAAAACGAAGCAAUACCAUCAACCUGAUCAUAGAUUUAUUUGCUCUUUUUAGGGAGUUUUAUCAGAAGAGCUUCACAAGGAUAUUUCAUGUUUUAGCUAUGAUUCACCUGUUACAAAAAUUAACGGUGAGGAGCAACAGUAUUAUAGUUUUUCAGAAACAUUAGUUAACAAUUUUCUCUACUAAUUUCAGUAAUUUGUAGGUUUGUAGCUUCUCAACGAAAGGCAAUUUCUCUCUGAGAACCAACCAUUUUAGUUUUGUUGUUUUAUUAUGUUGCUACUCAAACUAACUAAUUGCUUCGCAGUUGCUGUCGACAAAUUACCAAACUUUUUGGCACGACCAAAUAAAGAAAGCGGCGAGGCUUCAGAUCAUCACAGAUGUACUAUUCACAUAAAUACGGAAUCAAUGGCAACAAUAGAAAAAGCUUACACAGACUGUUUGCAAGGAAGACCCUCAGAUAGGUAAUUGAAAUUAAGAAAGUGUGCACGAAGUGAAAGUUAUACCAUUCAAACCAUCCUCGUCCCCAAGCCCAGCUCGCAUCACUGCGAGAGCCGUGCGAGCUGGACCUGGGGACGAGAAUGUAUUUGCGAUGUAUAUGUACGGCCUUACCUUGUGGAACCGUCCGUACACAAGCAUAUUUUGCCACAUAAUGAAUUGAAGCUAUACACACAAGUGACACAACUACAAUAUUCAGGGGUUUUUUCAGGGAUUUUUUAGGGCCGUUAAACGGCCCCAAAAACUCAAUCUUGAAUUGAGUUUGAAACUCAAUCUUCUCACCAAAGUUUUAGUGCAGUAAAAAUGAUGUUGUUUGAGCUAAAUUCGUGACGUGUGGAAAUUAGUUUUCAGUUGGAAACCCGUCAAUUAAAAAAAAUGGCUGGAAUUCAUCUCACAACACAAGAAAAACUAUGCAUUCGCCAUCUUUAACCAAUUUAUAGUGUCCCUUAGUGCCCGUGCUUUAACACAUUCCGUCUCAACUACAUUUAUGGAGUACAGGUGUCAGCCCCCCGGUAGGGUGGGGGGGGGGGUGCAGCCACCCCAGCUGUUCAGCUAAACUCAAUCUUCUCUGCAAAAACGGACCCAAGAGAAAAUCCUGAAAAAAACCCUGAUAUUGUAUAUAUUGUUAAUAUAGACCGCUAAUCGAAAUGUGCAUUCCUUCAUCCCUGGAUCCAACCCUAGCUCCCCCUGGCUGCCACGUGUUAUCCCUGUUUAUCCAGUAUACCCCGUAUCACUUGAAGGAUGGCACGUGGACUGACGAAAAACGAAAUGCUUACGCUGAUAAAGGUGAGCACUGUAAAUUAUUAAGUCCGUCCUCUGAAAUAUGCCACGGAUAAGAUUUAUUAGUUGGGCUGGAAUUUCAAAUGAGUUUACUACAUUACUUACACUGUGUUUUGACUUAAAAAUAUAACCCUUCCACUCUAUAAACCGCCUCCUUCUCUAUCUAAUAAGCUUCUCCCCCCCCCCCCUCCGUUCACGGUAAUUGAGAAGAGGUUCUCCCUAAUUAGAUUACUCGUUACCUUGUGCGCCCGGUGACGUGUAUGGCUAUUAAAUGUCAGUCGCAUUUUAUUCCAUCAUCGAGUUUUUGAUAUACAAAUACACUAACUGAUUGUUGGCAAGGUUUAAGCUUAUUUUUAUCAGCAAAUAUAUUAACACUGGUGUAAAGCUGCCUGUCAAAUUGGUGCUCUGCAAAUCCCAUUUUAAAGCGCUGGCAAAAACAAGUCAAGGUUAAAUAAGUUGACCUAGCCCACACGUGAUGACACGAAUGCAGUUCCCUUUCAGCCUUGCUUCUUUCACUUCAGUCUGCGAACUGCGUCAUUGCGGUCAUUCGAUUGAUCUGGACUGGGUUUAUCAUCUGCGCACAUUCUGACCUUGUCAAGACUGAGAGAAGAUCGCUGAAUAUUGGGAGAAUGGCAUCAACAGUGACACAGUUGUUUCUUUUCGCUCUUAGCAUUGCUCUAAGCCAGGCUACUAAUGAAAUCUACAGUGGUGAUGAGCUAACACCAAGUCCGACCUUGAGUUCGACGGAGAUUUCACGAAACUUGUCAAAAUCCCUAACUCAACUUGCGCUAGCUGUGGCAAGGUCAGCCUAUCUGCCGACCGACCGUUUCUCAAGGAAUGGCACGAUUAUGGAAAACCCAUCUCAUUUCGGCAAAAGCUGGGUACGGUGUCCAAAAGAUAAACCUGAAAUGCAAGUUGGCCUGUGUUAUAAACCGUGUAAUGCAUCAACUUGGGCUUUCGUCAAAGGUGUUGGGCCUGUAUGCUGGGGUUGCCCCAAGUCGCAUCCGGUGGAACAAGGAGCGCUGUGCUAUAAACAAUGUCCUGCUCGGAAACCGAAAGGAAGAAUGUUUUUUAUGUUUUGGUGACUGCCCGAGUGGUUACCGGAAUGACGGGCUGACAUGCUUCCGUGAUGCCCGUUUGCGGGCUGCCAACAACGCCGCCUGUCCAUGGUACGAUAAAUGCGGGCUCACUUUCUCGCGUGGAUGUUCUAAAUGUCCCGCGGGAUAUAAGAACGAUGGAUGUGUAUGUCGACGAAAUCCUCACGUUACUGUGCGCCCGCGUUAUCAUAGAGGCGUCGGUAUCGUCAUGAAAUCCUACGGCCGAGGUGUCGGAGUAUUGCCGAACUUUUUACGAUAUGAUCCGACGAGUGAACGAGAGGCGUGCCGAACAAGGGAUUGGAACGGAACUGCAUUCGUGAACAAAGACACAGAAGUCGUGAAGUUCGUAAAUCACCGUCAGAAGAUCGUAGUGUUCGGCUUCCGAGGCACAGAGGUGAAGAGCGCUUCUGAUUGGUUGGCGAACUUAGACUUUCGUCCUGAGGAAUUCUGGGUAAACAACACACGUUUGAGAGCUCAUCGUGGGUUUAAAAAUAGAUAUGACAACAUUGCAAGUUGGUUCGAGAAAGAAUACCUGAGCAUACCCAGGGAAUAUUUGAUUUUACUCACAGGACACAAUCAAGGAGCUGCUCAAGCGAGCAUCGCGUCCGUAUUUGCAGCAGGGAAACUGGCGCGACCUCCAAAUGCUGUCAUCACAUGGGGAAGUCCAUUGACGGGAGCAUGGAGUUUCAGAAAAUUUUACCGGAAGUACGUUGGUUGUCACGUCACAGUCAAUUACAUCACAAAAGGAGAUAUCGUUGCAUCGUUACCAAUGAUACAUGGCUAUGCGCAUGCGUGCGAUGUCGUAGAACUCGAACCCAAGCACGAUGACUUCAUCCGCGCACACAGUCUGUAUUCUGGAUACGGAGAGGGAUUGGAACUAGCAUACGGGGAUACACAAGGAAUGAAAAGUGGCUGCGAUGUUCCCAUGACAACCGAGAAGGGCGUAUCCGAGAACGACGUAUCCGAAAAUGUCUUUGGUUAUUAUUAA